AUGGCUCGUCUUAAAAAAUCCUGCGAUCCCAAUGCUCCGGCUCGACCAAGAUCCUCCUUCAAUUUAUAUAUGAGUCAUCGCAUUAGUCAGUCAGAGGCCCUGGCUUCCAAGCCCUUUGGUGAAAGAAACCGCAUGAUCGGACUCGAGUGGGCUGCUUUGCCACCCGAACAGAAGCAAAUUUUUAACGAGCAGGCCUCCCGAGAGCGAGAAAAGUACAAAGUUGACUUUGAAGCCUACAAACAGACGCAGUCCUUCAAAGACUGGCAAGCGAAACAGGAGGGUCUUAGGGCCUCAAACUCCCCAAAGUCGGGCAAACGAGGGCCCAAGGGGGGGAAACGGACCCAUGAACCCGAGCCCGACACAACUAGUUCUCCAAAAACUCAGCGGAUACCGAUCUUUAGCGAGGAAUUCCUUGCCUACAAUCGGCAACGGGAGAUGACUCUGCGGAAUCUGCGAAAGCAGGCCACGCAACUUGAGGAGGAGACUGCGUUGUUGAGUAAACACGUUGAGAAUCUGGCCAAUGCCAGCACAAAGCUGGAGCAACAGAUCAAAAGCACUGAAGCCCAACUUGCUGCUGAGGAGGCCCUCACACAGAGGUUCCGCAAGGAACUCACCGCAACCUUCGCGGAGGUUUGUUUUGUCUCACUAUAUUGUUUCCUACGACCUUGUGUAUUAUCUACUCGAUUUCAGUCCGCAUUCGUGUUUUCAUCCCUUCUGAAAGAAAGGGAGAGUGAAUGCUUUAUUUUGAAGGGAAUACCCAAAAACUUUUAG